AAACCGCAUCAGACAGCAAUGAAAUGAAAAUACCCCACGACGAUGAUUUGACCAUAAUAACGCUUAAAUUGACGAAAAUACCCUCUCCGUCUUCAAGCUUUGACCUCCUUCACUAUCCUAUUUAACGGGCCACCGCGAAACCCAGAUCCAACAACCAUCAAUGGCGUCAGAAAACAACGGAUCCAGAUCCGAUGUGGAAAUGCCGAGGAAGAUAGCACUGGUCACCGGAAUCACCGGCCAAGACGGAUCGUACCUGACGGAGUUCCUCCUCUCAAAAGGCUACGAAGUCCACGGCCUGAUCCGCCGAUCGUCAAACUUCAACACCCAGCGGAUCAACCACAUCUACAUCGACCCGCACAACGCCGACAAGGCCCUGAUGAAGCUCCACUACGCCGAUCUCACCGACGCCUCCUCGCUCCGCCGCUGGCUCGACGUGAUCAAGCCCGACGAGGUCUACAACCUCGCCGCGCAGUCCCACGUCGCCGUCUCCUUCGAGAUCCCCGAUUACACCGCCGACGUCGUCGCCACCGGCGCCCUCCGCCUCCUCGAGGCCGUCAGAUCUCACACCGCCGACACCGGCCGCACCGUCAAGUACUACCAGGCGGGAUCCUCCGAGAUGUUCGGAGCGACUCCGCCUCCUCAGUCCGAAACGACGCCGUUUCACCCCAGGUCUCCUUACGCCGCGUCCAAAGUCGCUGCGCAUUGGUACACUGUUAACUACCGUGAGGCGUACGGUCUCUUCGCGUGCAACGGGAUCUUGUUCAACCACGAGUCGCCUCGCCGCGGGGAGAACUUCGUGACGAGGAAGAUCACGAGAGCCUUGGGGAGGAUCAAGGUCGGUUUGCAGAGGAAGCUCUUCCUCGGGAACCUACAAGCUUCGAGGGACUGGGGGUUCGCCGGGGACUACGUGGAGGCGAUGUGGAUGAUGCUGCAGCAGGAGGCGGCGGAUGAUUACGUUGUGGCGACGGAGGAGUCGCAUACGGUUGAGGAGUUUCUCGAGGCUUCGUUUGGGUACUUGGGGCUCAACUGGAAGGAUCACGUGGAGAUUGAUAAGAGGUACUUUAGGCCGUCUGAAGUGGAUAACUUGAAAGGAGAUGCCAGCAAGGCCAAGCAAGUGUUGGGGUGGAAACCCAAAGUGGGGUUUGAGAAGCUUGUGAAGAUGAUGGUUGAUGAAGAUCUUGAGCUUGCUAAGAGGGAGAAAGUGCUUGUUGAUGCUGGUUACAUGGAUGCUCAGCAGCAACCUUAGUUUCAUGUUUUGCUAUAAUACUUGUUUUAUUGUUGUCUUUCUUUCUAGUGUCUUGUCCUUUUAUUUAACUUGAGACUCAUCUUCUUGUGUUCAUAGCAGAAACCCAAUACUAAACUAUAUGACUCAGUGUCUUGUUUCUGCAA